AUGGAGCAAGUGGUCGGGGGCGCAUUCAGUGGCUACCUGGAUUCAUCAUUGGAAGAGUCUACCGUGGAUGUCCUAUUAAAGGGGACUAAGAACGCCGGCGAAGACACACUCACCAUCGGCCUUGCCCUAGGGAAACUCGGAGACUUGAUGGGAUCUAGAGUUGAAAGCCUGCUCCGAGGCAUCUUCGACCGACUGGUCGAUACAACAUUCGAUAUCCGAUGGAGCUCGGCAAGUGAUACUUGUCGCGACCUCUGCGACAAGCUUCUCGACCAGCCUCGGUUCCGUUGCCUUUUCCCACCCAGUCCUGACACCGGCACGGUUGACUACCCUCUCCUUGUGAGCUUUACAUAUCGACCAGGUCCAUUGGUUGCAGAAAACCCGUGGCCCAAAUACGAAGCACCUAACGGCUUCGUCGAGAAUAUCUACUGA